AUGGCAGAAGAACCGGAAACGGCCGGUAUCGAUAACAGCAACGAUAAAGAUUUGGCGACAAAUGUGGAAAAUCUUUCUCUAGCGGGCCAAAAGGUUGAAAAACAGGAAGCAAAGAAAAUUGAUAUUGUACUUCAUGCCACCGGUAGCGCUCCAAUUUUGAAGCAAAAGAAAUGGGCAGUAGAUCAGGAAAAGCCCAUCAGUGCUAUUGUAAAAUUUAUACAUAAGUAUCUUAAGCUGGAUCCCGAAGAACGAUUGUUUCUCUACAUCAAUCAAACGUUUGCACCAUCUCCGGAUCAGAUAAUUAAAAAUUUGUACGAAUGUUAUGGAACAAACGGUAAAUUGAUUCUUCAUUACGCCAAAACCCAAGCCUGGGGUUAG